CUUUCAUAUCAAUUAUCACUAAAACAAUAUCAAAAAGUCCAGUCUGAGUAUGGAAGGAAUUCAACGAAUCGCCAACUCUCUCUCUUCAAUACCUCUCGCCGGAAAAUGCUCAACAAUUUCUUCCAUCGCCGCACUUUCUCCACGAAUCCAUAACAUUAGAUCUAAUCACUCUCGCACAUUGCUUCAAAAUCUCCGAUCAAAUCAACAAACAUCCGGAUCCCGUUUCAAUUUGAUUCCCUGCAGAAACCGUACUACUUCUCUUUCAAUUGCUCGAGCCGGUUGGUUUCUAGGUUUGGGAGAAAAGAAACAGAUGAUACCAGAAAUAGUCAAAGCAGGCGAUCCAGUCCUUCACGAACAGGCACAGGAAGUUCCAUCCGUAGAAAUCGAGUCGGAUAAGAUUCAGAAGAUUAUAGAUGAUAUGAUACUAGCAAUGAGGAAGACGCCUGGCGUUGGUCUUGCUGCUCCACAAAUCGGCGUUCCUUUACAGAUAAUUGUUGUUGAAGAUACGAAGGAAUAUAUAAGUUAUGCACCCAAGGAAUUAACCAAAGCUCAAGACCGACGCCCCUUUGAUCUUCGCGUUGUGAUAAACCCUAAACUUGAGAAGAUAGGCAAUAGAACUGCUCUGUUCUUUGAAGGAUGCUUAAGCGUUGAUGGAUAUAGAGCAGUGGUGGAAAGGCACCUAGAAGUUAAAGUUACGGGUUUGGAUCGCGAAGGUCAGGCGAUCAUCAUUAAUGCUUCGGGUUGGCAAGCCCGAAUCUUACAACAUGAAUGCGACCAUUUAAGUGGGACUCUCUAUGUUGACAAGAUGGUUAAGAAGACAUUUAGAGUUGUAGAAAAUUUAGAAUUGCCUCUACCAAUUGGUUGUCCCAAGUUGGGUGCUACCUGACCCUUCUAUGUAAAAACCAAUCAAAGUCUGCAUUUAAUCUGAGAUAAUGAUUUCAUUCUAUUGAAAAAAAGAGAGGAUAUUACAACUUACAAAUCUAUAUUGAUUGAAGUGGGUUGUUACUA